AUAUAAAGAAGAGUCAGUGAAAGGAUCGUUGCCGUGUAAUGGUGAAGUCAUCUCCCAACCACAAAUCUCGCAGCUGAUUGAAGAAAAAUGAUUUGUAACUCUGUUGAUGGAAGACAAAACAAAACGUUGUCGUUUACUUUGUAAAAGUAAACCCACACGAUAACACGUUGAAAGUUGAAACUAUCGAGAUGGGUUUCAACAGAGGUUCACUUACGACGAAGACUUAUACUCGUUCCUGUGUUGGUUUCACGCAGUUUAUGUACGGAAACGCUUUCACUACUCUCGAUGCUUUCUGGUCUUCUCUCUGUAACCUCUUCUUCAUCCUUCUCGCCUCCAUCUUCAGAGUUCAUUCAGACAAAGAGACAAGCUUGGUCGUGGUUAAGACUCACAACAAGAGAUGCGAUUAUUUAUCGGACAAGAGCAUAACUUGUUAUGUAGAAGAGCCUAAAGCUUUCCGCUUUGUUUUUCGUGAUUAUCACUCGCCUGCUGUACAAGAAGAGAUGAAGAUGGUGACUUUCUCUGAUGAGUCCGUUCUUGUGGAGAAACCGUUUGUAGUUGAGAACAAUAACAAGUUGGUGACGUCACUGUCGGAAGGUUGUUUUGUAAAGGAACACGUGAAGGAAGACAUGUUGGUUUAUGAGUUCAUGAGGUCUGGCGUCUUAAAAGGACUAUUAGCUCACGAGAGUUUUGCUGGUGUUGAAGAUAACUUGUUCGAUGAGGAGGGUGAGUUUAUAGAACUCAACCCAAGUUUUCAGAUUCCUUAUCAAGAAGAAGAAGAAGAGUUCAAGAUGGGUUUUGAUGAAGAACAAGAAGCAUAUGAUUUUGAAGAUGAUGAUGAUUCAGAUGAUGAUGAGUAUGAGCAUAGUGAUGUGAUUGAGAAACUGAAAACAGAGAUAAGAACAGCGAGAACAGGAGGGUUGUGCACUAUUCUUGAAGAGGCAGAGACUCCAUUACAAGAGCUGAAACCACUCAAGAUCGAACCGAAACAAGAUCAGUUCAAAGACAUGAUCGGUGAGAUUCACAAGGUUUACAAGAACUACGCUGUUAAAAUGAGAAAGCUCGACGUUAUUGAUUCUCAGACAAUGCAUUCCAUCAGUUUGCUAAAGCUAAAAGAUUCAUCAAAACCAAGCAGAAACAAAGUUAAACCGCCUCAUAAGAAUCUAUGGCCAUUCAAGAAACAUAAGCUUGAACGUGACCCUGUUGAGAGACAAGCGAGCAGAGACUUUGAGACGGUCUACGUAAGCCAACUCUGCCUCUCCUGGGAGAUGCUUCGUUGGCAAUACACAAAACUUUUGGAGUUUGAUUCUCACGUUGCUGCUACUACUACUACUUAUCAAUACAAUUUAGUAGCUGGAGAGUUUCAACUGUUCCAAGUUCUGCUUCAAAGGUUUGUGGAGAACGAACCAUUUCAAAACUCAUCUAGAGUUGAGACUUACUUGAAGAACCGUCGCCAUUUUCAUAACUUCCUUCAGAUUCCACUUGUUAGAGAUGAUCGUUCUUCAAAGAGUAAUAAGAAGUGUAGAAACGAAGGAGAGUUCGCGGUAAAGAUUGAAACGUUAAGAGAGAUUAUCCUAGAAUCAAUGCGUGUUUUCUGGGAGUUUCUUUGUGCGGACAAAGAUGAGUUAAGUUCAGUGAUCAAAGUUUCUCACCAAACACAAGUCUCUCCGCAAGAUCCUCUAGAUCUUGAGCUCUUGACAGAUAUGAGAACCCAUCUCCAAAAGAAGGAGAAGAAGCUAAAAGAGAUACUGAGGAGUCAAUGCUGCAUAGUGAAGAAGUUAAAGAAGAAUGAGUCGAAGAGUAGUAGUGUAAGAGUGAAGGAUGAGUUACUGAUAGCUCAAAUCGAACUGAGAGUUAUUUCAAGAGUGAUGACCAUGUCAAAGCUGACGACAGAGAAGCUGGUUUGGUGUCAGGAGAAACUUAAUAGAAUGAGUUUCAAUGUUCGGAAGAUUCACAUGGAACCAUCUUUCUCCUUGUUACCUUGUUAGAUUUGCCUCUGCUUAGAGAUAUUAGAUGAGAUCCAGGAAGAUGACUUUUUUUUUUAAUUGUCUUUGUUCCUGAGAAAGAAUGUUAAGAAGGUACUGAAUGUUCCGUGGUGUUAUCUUAGUUUUGUUUCUCUCGUGUAUUACUGUUACCAGAGAAUGAAUUUUGAUCUAAGAGAGCAUCACAAAGUAAUGGUUGUUAGUUGUUACAGAAUCCUUACCUUCUUUUAGUUCAGGACAAUGGUAGCUCUACUUGUAUUGAUAGUUCAAGUCCUUUGUUGCAUGAUGUUUAUAUGUUA